AUGCCGCCGCCUUCGCAGCCUGCCAAUGAUGUUACCAUCGACAUCCCCUUGACCAAAGUGACCAGCAAGAGCACCACUGGGGCCAGGAAACCGACCUUUGGAAUGUCUCCCGUCUACUCGAACAACCAGAAUCCUCCACAGUACGAUGAUGCUUACGACGAGAAGCACGGCGAUUCUGCCACGCCGAUGGGCCGAGGUGGUCGACGUAGAAAGAUGGAAGCCGCUGGCAAGAACUCUCGCGAUCCUCAGGACGGCAGUCUCACCUGGGCCGGCAAGAUUUACUCCACCAUCUACAACUUCUCCGUCAUAACGCGGUACUUGCUCUAUGUCGUGCCUGUGGCCGUCAUCAUUGCUGUACCACUGGUCCUAGGCGCGACCGUCUUCCCCGACGCCUCGAUUGGAGGUGUCCCAAUGAUGUUCUUCUUCAUCUGGGUCAUGAUCGUGUGGUGCUUCUUGUGGGUUAGCAAAUUGGUUGCCCAGUUCUUGCCCUACCUCUUUCAAUUCUUCUGUGGCGUUGUCAGCCCAGGCACCCGAAAAUACUCGGCCAUCUUGACCAACCUCGAGAUCCCUCUGUCGCUCGUUGGCUGGGCCAUUGCGAGCUUGGUCAGCUUUACUAUCAUUGUUGGAACUCAGCGCACCCCUCCGCCAGACUCUGCUACAAUCUCCGGCUGGGCUUCUAUCGUGCAGAAAAUCCUUUUCGCUACUCUUUUCUCUACUCUCGUCCUUCUGGUGGAAAAGACAGUCGUGCAGCUCAUUCAGAUCAGCUACCACCGCAAGUCUUUCGACGACAAGAUCAAGCAGUCCAAGUACAACAUAUACUUGCUGACUCUUUUGUAUGACGCCUCUCGUGCCCUGUUCCCACCCUAUUGCGCCGAGUUCGCCGAAGAAGACUACACGAUUAGCGAUACACUUGAUCUGGUCGGCAGUGGCAGAAACAGUCGAGGCGCCCACAAGCGUUCCGGAUCUAAUACUCCUGCACGACUCCUGCAGAAUAUUGGUAGAGUCAAGGACAACGUCACCUCUGCCUUUGGCCAGGUGGCUCAGGAGAUCACAGGCAAGAAGACAGUGUUCAACCCAAAUUCCGCCCACUCGAUCAUUGUCCAGGCUUUGGAGAAGAAGCAUUCAACUGAAGCAUUGGCUCGCCGACUCUGGCUUUCGUUCGUCCUCGAAGGUAGAGACGCCCUCUAUCCGGAUGACAUCGCCGAAGUUCUUGGUCCCGACCAUGCAACCGAAGCUGAAGAAGCAUUUCUUGCCCUCGAUGCUGACGGCAACGGUGACAUCUCCCUGGAAGAGAUGAUUCUCCGCAUGGGUGAGAUUGGCCGGUCUCGACAUGCUAUCACACACAGCAUGCGCGACGUUGACCAGGCCAUCCAUGUUCUCGACAACCUUUUUAUGACGGUGGUAUUUGUUGCAGUGAUCCUCAUAUUCGUUGCCUGGCUGAACUCAAACUUCUCCACUACGCUGGCGACUACUGGAACGGCACUCCUAUCCUUGUCCUUCGUUUUCGCUACUACAGCCCAAGAAGUCCUUGGCUCGUGCAUUUUCUUGUUCGUCAAGCACCCUUACGAUGUUGGAGAUCGGGUUGACGUCAACGACGAGCAUUAUGUUGUGGACAGAAUCUCACUCCUCUAUACUAUCUUCCGACGUGUGAAGGACCAUAGACGGACGCAGGUUCCCCACAUUGUUUUGAAUUCCCUCUGGAUCGACAAUAUAUCUCGAAGCAAGGCUAUGCGCGAGCAGCUGAGCAUCUACGUGAGCUUCGACACCACUCUUGAAGAUGUCGAGCUUCUCAAAAAGGAAAUGGAGGCUUUCGUGGCCGACAAGGACAACUCUCGUGAUUUCCAGCCCCAGGUCAACAUUGAGCUCACCGGUAUUGCUGAGAUGAGCAAGCUGGAGCUCAAGGUUGAGAUCAUUCACAAGUCCAAUUGGGCAAACGAAACGCUCCGUGCAUCUCGCCGCAGCAAAUUCAUGUGUGCUCUGGUUCUGGCUCUCCGCAAGGUUCCGAUCUUUGGACCUGGUGGUGGUGGCGCGCCUGCUGGCGACAAGGCCAAUCCUACCUACUCAGUGGCUAUCUCCGACAGCGAGGCACGGGAGAACGCUCAGCAAUUCAGUGACGACAAGGACAAGGCUCGAAUGGUCCCUCUCAACUCGAACAAGCCCUCUGAUGACGGCGACCAUGGUCAUUCGUCGUCGAACGACUUGCUUAAGGUCCCAACCGCCGGUUCUAUGCAGAAGGAAUCUGCGGCUCUGCAAGGUCUGACACAACGUAACGCGGCAAGUGAUCCGGCUCGCGAUCGAGACGAGCGUCAGGAAGCCAUCGAGGAGGUCCGUGGCAUGCUGAGGCACGAGUCUACAACGGGACGUCGAAGACGCUCGAACUCGGCCUUGUCCCCAACCACGAGCUCCAAUGCACGUUUUGGUGCCCAGACCAUUCCCACUGUUCCUGAUGCUUCUCCGAUGGAGCCUGCGAAUGGUCCAGACCAAGCUUCUCGAGUCAGCUACUUUGAGGAUAGCAACUACAAACCUGCCCCACUUGUUCCCAGCAAAUCACCGCAACAGCAGUAUCCCUAUGUUCAGCCCCCUCCGCCAGUUGUGCAUAGCGGUCCCGGUCCAGCAACCUUGGCUGCUCAAGGCCGUCACGACAGCGCCCUACUCCCCAACUCGCCACUGAACCCACAAAACCAAGCGCACCGGGGGCCUGGGUACAUUCAGGGGACCUCGUUCCCUCAGCCACACCCGUCCCAAACCUCUCCUCCUCGCAACCAGCAGCGUCCUCACGAGCUGUCUACGGACAGUCGGGAUAGGAGCAACAGUGCCGGAAACCGCAAACCCGUACCCGGCAUUGGUGAGAUGAAAGAUCGUCUGCUUCAGAGCCCUAAGUAA